AUGGAGAGCCGGAAGGACAUGGUUAUGUUUUUGGACGGGGGGCAGCUUGGCGCGCUGGUGGGCAAGAGGGUCUCCGGCUUGUCUGAAGCCGCGGGCGGCACGCUGCCGGAGCCGCCCGAGAAGACGGUGCCCCGCGGCUGCCGGAGCCCCCGGGCCGGGCCCGCGGCCUCCCGGGAGCGCGGCGGGGCAGGCCCGGAGGAGGAGCCGGCGGACGGGCUGGCGGGAGGCGCGGCGGGGCCGGGCGCCGAGCCGCGGGCGGCGGGGGCAGCGGGGGCGGCCGCGCUCGGCCCCGGGCCGCCGGCCCCCUCCGCCGCCGACAGCAUCUCGGGCCCGGGGCAGCCCAGCAGCUCGGACACGGAGUCGGAUUUCUAUGAAGAAAUCGAGGUGAGCUGCACCCCGGACUGCGCCACGGGGAGCGCCGAGUACCAGCACAGCAAAGGGCCGGGCUCGGAGGCGCUGACUGGCAGCCCCGGCGGCGGCGGCGGCGGCGGCGGCGGCGAGGCCCCCAAGAGCGGCGGCGGCGGCGGGGGCUCCCAGGGCGGCCUGGCCUGCAGCGCCAGCGACCAGAUGCGCCGCUACCGCACCGCCUUCACCCGCGAGCAGAUCGCGCGGCUGGAGAAGGAGUUCUACCGGGAGAACUACGUGUCCAGGCCGCGGAGGUGCGAGCUGGCGGCCGCCCUGAACCUGCCCGAAACCACCAUCAAGGUGUGGUUCCAGAACCGGCGCAUGAAGGACAAGCGGCAGCGGCUGGCCAUGACGUGGCCGCACCCGGCCGACCCCGCCUUCUACACGUACAUGAUGAGCCACGCGGCGGCCGCGGGCGGCCUGCCCUACCCCUUCCCGUCGCACCUGCCGCUGCCCUACUACCCGCCCGUGGGCCUGGGCGCCUCGGCCCCCGCCUCGCCCUUCGGCGGCCCGCUGCGCCCGCUCGACACGUUCCGCGUGCUGUCGCCGCCCUACCCGCGGCCCGAACUGCUGUGCGCGCUGCGCCACCCGCCGCUCUACCCGCCCGCGCACGGCCUGGGCGCCACGGCCGGGCCCUGCUCCUGCCUCGCCUGCCACGGCGGCCCCGCCAACGGGCUGGCGCCCCGCACCGCCGCCGCCGCCUCGGACUUCACCUGUGCCUCGUCCCGCUCGGACUCCUUCCUCUCCUUCGCGCCCUCCGUGCUCAGCAAAGCGUCCUCCGUGGCGCUGGACCAGAGGGAGGAGGUGCCCCUGACCAGAUAA